AAAAAAUUUAAAUCAAAACCAUGAAGGCCUUCGUUGUAUUCGCUCUGGCUAUUGCCAGUGUUAGCGCAGCCAAUUUGGACGCCAUUUCACAACCAGCCUUUGCAUCGGGACGCAUCAUCAAUGGUCACGAAGCUCAGAAGGGUGAAGCGCCAUACAUCGUUUCACUGAGGGCGAUUUCACAUUUCUGUGCCGGUUCAAUCAUCAACGAGAAUUGGGUACUCACUGCUGCGCAUUGUCUCGACUCAGACAAAUUCACGGUUGUCGCCGGUCUGCACUCCCGCUUUGACGAAUCUAAUGUUCAGAUCCGCAAGGUCACCAGCAAGUCGCAGUAUAUCGUACAUGAAGAUUAUGUCUAUGGUGGUGUCGGACCCAAUGAUAUUGGUCUCAUCUAUAUACCCGAAGGAUUCGAUUUGAAUACACUCUCACGCGACGGUGUGGCACCUGUUAGCAAAGUGGCCUUGCCAUCUGGCAAAUACGAGAGCACUGGUAACGGUAGACUUUUCGGUUGGGGACGUGACAAUUCCGGUGCUUUGCCAAUUGUACUGCAAACUUUGGAGGCUAACAUUAUCGGCUACUCGAAAUGUAAAGCUGCUCUGCCCUUCUGGGCACCCCUUAAGAAAGGGAACAUCUGCUCUUAUACUGCUGGCACCACCGAUGGUGCUUGCAAUGGUGAUUCUGGUGGCCCAUUGGUGCGUUACACUUCCGAUGGAGUUGAGCAAGUCGGUAUUGUGUCAUGGGUUUACACUCCAUGUUCCCUUACCAAAUUUCCCUCGGUUUACACUAGCGUCAGUGCAUACCAGAAAUGGAUAGAGGAGAAGAUCAAGUCCUAUAGGGUUUAAUUUAAAGUUAAUGCAAUAAAGACACUUAUCGUAAUUAAAA